CCCUGUGCCUAACAGCUCAGGGGGAUCCCAGCUCUUCCUGCAUGAACCUGAAACCUCUACUGUAGGCGCCUCUCUCACCACUACACCACUUCACCUGUCGUCCAUCCUGCGUGUCUUUCAUCCGACUGGAGGCCCCAGUCGAACCCCCUUUCUCUGUGUGGGACUAGGUCGGAGCCUGGACGUCCCAACGGAGCACAGACGAGGGCCUGGAUUUACUUUAUCUGAGGCGGAAGCAGAGGGAGGAUUGUAACUUUUCUUUUGGCCCUGUGUUCCUGUGUCGAUGUGUGGGCAGGACUUAAAGGACACAAGAAAUCACAUUUUUGUUUGAGGUGUGAAAUAUGGAGAAGCAGAGCUAAAGAUGGGGUCAGUAGCGUCAUACUUUGGCCAGUUGUGUGGAGGGGAGAAGAAGAAAGAGGAGGAGAGACACUUGCGAGCGAACGACAGACCUUUCAACCUGUCUUACCACUAUGCUAACAAUGCCAUCAAGACCUCCAAAUACAACAUUUUCACGUUCCUGCCCUGUAACCUCUUCGAGCAGUUCCGGAGGCUCGCCAAUGCCUACUUCUUGUUCCUCAUGCUCCUUCAGUUAAUCCCACAAGUCUCCUCUCUCUCUUGGUUCACCACGGCUGUCCCUCUCAUUUUGGUGCUGUCCAUGACAGCAGUCAAGGACGCCAGCGAUGACAUAAACAGACACAAAAGCGACAAUCAAGUGAAUAACCGCAUCGUGAACGUGCUCAUCGAUGGGGAACUGAGAAAGGAAAAAUGGAAGAACGUUCAGGUUGGAGACAUAAUCAAACUGGAGAGCAAUCAGUUUGUCACAGCGGACCUUCUGUUGCUGUCCAGCAGUGAGCCUCUGAAUCUGGUCUAUGUAGAAACAGCGGAAUUAGAUGGUGAAACCAACCUGAAGGUGAAACAGGCCCUGACUGUAACUGGAGACAUGGGCAUGUACAGAAUUGUGGAGGCCACUGGUGAGGUGCGAUGUGAGCCUCCCAACAACCGUCUGGACAAGUUCAAAGGAACCCUGUCUCUGGACGGACAGACCUACUCUUUGGACAACGACAAGGUGCUGCUCAGAGGAUGCACCCUGAGGAACACCGAGUGGUGCUUCGGCCUGGUCGUCUUCGGAGGUCCCGACACCAAGCUGAUGCAGAACUGUGGAAAGACAACAUUCAAACGGACGAGCAUCGACCACCUGAUGAAUGUCCUGGUGUUGUGUAUCUUUGGUUUCUUGGCGUCUAUGUGCACCGCUUUGGCCAUCGGCAAUGCAAUCUGGGAGGUGAGGGAGGGGUCAGUGUUCACAGUCUUCCUACCUCGUGAUGAAGGGGUUAAUGCUGCUCUCUCAUCCUUCCUUUCCUUCUGGUCCUACGUCAUCAUCCUCAACACGGUGGUGCCCAUUUCUCUCUACGUCAGUGUGGAGAUCAUCCGUCUGGGGAACAGCUUCUACAUAGACUGGGACAGGAAGAUGUAUUACCCCAAGAAUGACACUCCUGCCCAGGCGAGGACCACCACGCUCAAUGAGGAGCUGGGCCAGAUCAAAUACAUCUUCAGCGACAAGACCGGCACCCUGACGCAGAACAUUAUGACUUUCAACAGGUGCUCCAUCAAUGGGAAAGCUUACGGGGAUCUGUUAGACUUUUCUGGAAACAGGGUGGAAAUAACAGAGAAGACAGAGAGAGUGGACUUCUCCUGGAACAGGCUGGCGGAUCCAAAGUUCAUGUUUCACGACCACAGUCUGGUGGAGACGGUGAGAGAGGGAAACCUGGAGGCUCAGGCCUUCUUCCGCUUGCUGGCUCUGUGCCACACAGUCAUGCCUGAGGAAAAGAAAGAGGGGGAGCUCUACUAUCAGGCUCAGUCUCCUGAUGAGGGGGCUCUAGUGACCGCAGCAAGAAACUUCGGGUUUGUGUUCCGCUCACGCACACCAGAGACCAUCACGGCCGUGGAGAUGGGCCGAGAAGUCACUUAUGAACUUCUGGCUGUUCUUGAUUUCAAUAAUGUGCGCAAGAGAAUGUCAGUCAUAGUGCGUAGCCCCGAAGGCAAGUUGACUCUAUUUUGCAAAGGAGCGGACACCAUCAUCUUUGAAAGACUCCACCCGUCCUGUGACAAACUAAAGGACAUUACCAUCAGACACCUCAACGAGUAUGCAGGCGACGGCCUCCGUACCCUUGCUCUGGCAUACAAGGACUUGGAUGAGAGGUAUUUGGAGGACUGGAAACAGCGCCACCAUGAGGCCAGCACUGCCAUGGAGGGACGAGAGGAGAGACUGGACGAACUUUAUGAAGAGAUAGAGAAAGACCUGCUGCUGUUGGGAGCGACAGCAGUGGAGGACAAGCUGCAGGACGGCGUGCCCCAGACCAUAGAGCAACUGGCUAAAGCUGACAUCAAAAUCUGGGUGCUGACUGGGGAUAAACAGGAGACGGCAGAGAAUAUCGGCUAUUCCUGCAACAUGCUGAGAGAGGAGAUGAAAGACAUUUUUGUUGUGGCAGCUAAUACGGCUGAAGGAGUCAAAGAGGAGCUACAGAAAGCAAGAAGGAAAAUGUGUCCAAAUGCUGCGGAUGAGCCAUCUGUAAUCAAGGCCCGCGCAGGCCUGUUUUGGCUUCAGAGGACAGAAACUGUGCAGGAUGAGAAGGUGGAUGGAGAUUAUGGCCUAGUUAUAAAUGGACACAGUCUGGCCUUUGCACUGGAGAAGAACUUGCAGAUGGAGCUGUUGAGGACAGCUUGUAUGUGUCAGACGGUGAUUUGCUGCAGGGUCACCCCUUUGCAGAAGGCCCAGGUGGUUCAGCUGGUCAAGAAAUACAAGCAGGCUGUCACUCUGGCCAUUGGGGAUGGGGCCAACGAUGUCAGCAUGAUCAAGGCUGCUCAUAUCGGUGUCGGCAUCAGCGGUCAGGAGGGCAUGCAGGCAGUUCUCUCCAGCGACUACUCCUUUGCCCAGUUCCGUUACCUUCAGCGCCUCCUGCUGGUGCACGGUCGCUGGUCCUACCUACGCAUGUGCAAGUUCCUACGAUAUUUCUUCUACAAGAACUUCACCUUCACCUUUGUGCAUUUCUGGUACGCCUUCUUCUGCGGCUUCUCUGCACAGACUGUGUACGACGAGUGGUUCAUCACCUUGUACAACCUGGUUUACACAGCCCUUCCUGUCCUCGGCCUGAGCCUCUUUGACCAGGAUGUGAAUGACCGCUGGAGUUUCCAGUAUCCUCAGCUCUACACUCCAGGCCAGCUGAACCUGUACUUCAGUAAGAAAGCCUUUGUGCGCUGUAUGUUGCACAGCUGCUACAGCUCCCUCAUCCUGUUCUUCAUCCCGUGGGCCGCCAUGCAGGACACGGUCCGAGACGAUGGGAAGGACAUCGCCGACUAUCAGUCCUUUGCUUUAUUGGCACAGACCUGUCUACUGGUUGUAAUGAACAUACAGCUCUCUCUGGACACCGAUUACUGGACUGCAGUGAACCAGUUUUUUGUAUGGGGCAGCCUGGCCGCUUAUUUUGCCAUCACAUUCACCAUGUACAGCAACGGCAUGUUUCUCAUCUUCACCUCCUCGUUCCCCUUCAUUGGAACAGCAAGGAACUCUUUGAACCAGCCUAACGUCUGGCUGACCAUAUUCCUGACCUCCCUCCUCUGUAUUCUGCCUGUGGUGGCUUUCCGCUUCAUUCUCAUUCAGCUUCGGCCCACCAUCAACGACAAGGUGAGACAUAAGAUGCGGAAGGAGGCACUGCCAGUUGCUAAACCUGGCGCUCCAUAUCGCAAGCGUAUCAGCACCCGUCGGUCCGGCUACGCCUUCUCACACAGCCAGGGCUACGGUGAUCUGGUGACAUCUCGGAAGUUCCUGCAGAGACUACCGCUGUGGAGUCGGCCGGCCCUGUUUACCCAAACAGACUCUCCCCUGGCUCAGAAUCAGCCACAGCAUUACCGCACCAUUGCAGAGGAGCCGGAGGAGUCACAGAGCCCUUAGACGGAGGUAUGCAGGGACACUGCAGAGUGCGUGGAAGCUGCAUACUAAGCUUUUAUUUUGGAGCGUAGCUCACACUCAUUAGAGGAUGCACAAGUCCACUACCUGGAUUGUUUCCAAACCUUUACACUUAAAUCUGAGUCUGACUUAUUUCUAACGGAUAAAUGUUGAUAUCACUUUGAACAUGCUGAACUUGGCAGCACAUACGGCCUUGAAGGACUGCACUGGUGCUUUUGAAUGUUGAAUUAGCUUAAUGAGUACUCUCAUAUAUUGUAGUCUACAUCAGUGGUUUUCAAACUGGGGUUCAGGGACCAACACGGGCCCUUGAGUGGGUUGUAGGGGGUCCACAGCAAAAGAAGGAAUAAAAUAUUUGAACUUUAAACACAUUUUUUGGAAGUUGGAAUAACAAGGGAAUUAAUUGGUUUGCCCAUUUGAUCAUUGAUUAACUUUGAAGACUUAAUUAUUUUCAAAUAAAUAAAAAAAAUGUUUUAAUUACUUAGAGGGGAUUCUCUAAAAGACAAUGUCCUCUCAAAUUGGUGGUCAGUUGUCUAAUGUGCAUCUAUUAUGGGGGUCCUUGACAGGUUUGGGAACUGCUGGUCUACAUUACUGUUGGCAUACCAGAAGGUUUUAGACAGAUAUUUCUAAUUCUAUUUAAUUGCCUGAAGAUUCGUCACUGUCAUGUGGUUAAACUUUCUAACAGGGACUUUUUCUAGAAUAUACAUUCAAGCACACUUCAUACAUUAUCUGCAAUUUGAGAGUCAGAUGCUGAAAUGCACCUUUUUAAUUGCGAAAAGAAGAGCUUAAAUUCACAUCAUUUCACAGCAGCUUGUUAACUUUAUUGUCAUUACACUGACUAGUUUACAGCAAAACUAGUCUUGUCAUUCCAAGACAGUGCAACCUGAAGAUAAUUCCACAGGUGCCAGGGCGGAUCAUGUAGAUUUGACAGGAAAAUAAAAGUGUCACCUGUCUCAAGCAUGAUUAGGCAGCCUGGACAGUAAAAAGUCAGAUUGAAAAUCAAUGGUAAGAUUUGGGAAACAGACAGAAAAACUGUAUGCAGUUUGUACUUAAUGAUAUGAAACAUUUAAAAGCAGAAACUGCGACGAGAUUAACGCUGUAAAUUUGUAUUGUGAUCUGUGAUUUUUUUUAGAAAGUAAAGUAAAAAAUGUAAAGGUUGCCACUAUCUGAUCUGGUGAAACCGGAUUACCACACUGCCUGCAACUCGAAGUUGCAUUUUGUACCUUUUUAAUUUUUUUCGUUUCACUCAAGUGAAUUGUCAAUACUCAGGUUGUCAUGAGAAAAGAUAAAACUGUGAUUUCAGUUUCAGUUGAAAUCUACUAUGAAUCUAUUUUCACUCUUGUUUACACGAUUAUUCACAUGAAGAUUUUAAACAUUGUUUUAUUAUUGUUCUGCUCUUUGUUAAUAAUCUGUCUGUGUAUGACGGGAUGCAUCACAAUCAGUACCACGUAGUCACAGUACUUUCAAAGUACAGCCAGGGGUCAGUGUUGUCUUUGUAACUGAAAUAUAGUAGUUACAGUAAUGGUUUAAGUGUCAUAUGACAGACAGUGCAACGACCAGCAGACGGCACAUAUUACUCAUAAAAUCCCUUUUUCUAGUCCAAACCCAUAUUUUGCCAUUGUGUCUUUUAUUGUAUUGUCAGGCCACUCUGAUUCACAUCUGAAAAGACUUUUGUUGGCUGAUAGAAGUUUUGAUCAUCACGAUCGUCACAAAGUUUCUACGUCAUCUGUGAAUAAAACUGAUAACU